AAAAGGAAGAUUGAGAGAAGUAUCAUUUCCUCUUAGAACUGCUAAGGGAAAGCAUCCAAAAUGAAAGCCUUCUUUUUACUUUCCUGCCUGCUCCUUUUCAUGGCUUCUGGAGUUGAUCAGACCAAGUCUCAACAGACCUCAAGCCCAACAGGCUCAACAAUGUCUGCUGACCCCCUGACACUCUCUCAGAGCAGUAGUCAGAGCACCCCCACAAUGGAAACCCCCACGACAUUCCCUCAGAGAACGAGUCAAGCCACGAGCGCCUCCACAAUGGAAACCCCGAAGACAACCACUCAGGGAGGGAGUCCACCUACCAAAGCCUCCACAACGGAACCCCCCACGACAACCACUCAGGGCGGGAGUCCACCUACCAAAGCCUCCACAACGGAAUCCCCCACGACAACCACUCAGGGCGGGAAUCAAACCACCAAUGCCUCCACAACGGAAUCCCCCACGACAACCAUUCAGGGCGGGAAUCAAACCACCAAUGUCUCCACAACGCAACUCCCCACGACAACCACUCAGGGCGGGAAUCAAACCACUGCACCACCGCCUUCUGUUCCUGAUGAGCCUUGUACAAAGAUGAGGUGUUACAGUACUGCUCAGUGUAUAAAUCUGAAAAAUGAAUCCUUUUGCCUGUGUCCAGAAGGGUAUUACUAUAAGGACCAAGAGUGCAACCCAGGAAAAACAUUUCCUGGGAUAUUGAAUAUAGGAUGGGACAUAUCAGACUUGGAUGACCCAAAGUCUCAAAAUUAUCAGAAUUUACAUCUCAAAGUACAAAGUUUUUUUCAGUCUGCAUUUAGCAAUGAUUCUACGUUUGGACAAACAGUAAUUCUCAGCCUACAAACAAGAUCUAAAAUGCGUAGCACAGAAAGAGUUGAAAUAAUGGUCACAAACUUAUUUAACAUAACUUCAAAGAUAACAGAGAAGACAGUCAACGAGGCUAUAAUGAAGCAAGUAGGCCAACAAGAGGGUGUUUUUUUAUCAAGGUAAGGCUAGUAUAAUUUC